ACGCGUCUCUUCGGUCGCUCACGUGACGCAGCGCCGCCGACCAAUAGGGCGGCAGAGUUUCCUCUUUUUUUCCCCUCAUCGGAACGAAAGCAAGAAAUCAUUUGCGAUUUUUAAUCUUCCAACGACGAAAGUGGUCGUCAGCUUCUGCUCGACACAAAGGUGAUCGGUUGGCUGAGCCCACCCUCACACUCACGUUGGCCCUUGACCUCCUCUCUGACCACGCCCCCUCCUUCAGUCCCAACAUGGAGCUUGUUAAGGUCCAAUCAGAAGGUGGCCUGAAUGUGACCCUCACCAUCAGGCUGCUGAUGCACGGAAAGGAGGUGGGGAGCAUCAUCGGAAAGAAAGGAGAGACGGUGAAGAAAAUGCGUGAAGAUAGUGGAGCUCGGAUUAACAUCUCAGAGGGAAACUGUCCUGAGCGGAUCGUCACCAUCACUGGUCCAACAGAUGCAAUCUUCAAGGCCUUUGCCAUGAUCGCCUAUAAGUUUGAGGAGGAUAUAAUUAACUCCAUGAGCAACAGUCCGGCCACCAGUAAACCCCCAGUAACCCUGAGGCUCGUGGUCCCUGCCAGCCAAUGUGGCUCCCUCAUUGGCAAAGGAGGCUCCAAAAUUAAAGAAAUGAGAGAGUCCACGGGAGCUCAGGUCCAGGUGGCAGGUGACAUGCUACCCAACUCCACUGAGAGAGCGGUGACAAUCUCCGGAGCCCCAGAAGCCAUCAUCCAGUGUGUCAAACAGAUAUGUGUGGUGAUGCUGGAGUCCCCACCGAAAGGUGCCACCAUCCCCUACCGCCCAAAGCCUGCCUCCACCCCUGUCAUUUUUUCAGGUGGCCAGGUAAGAGCAGACCCACUGGGGGCGUCCACAGCCAACCUCAGCCUCUUACUGCAGCACCAGCCACUGCCU